GAAGAGAAGCCAGCCCUCCCCACGGAGCAUGUUCCACCUCUUCUCCCACUGCUGGUCGUGGCUGCAGGCCAUACAGGAGCCCAUCAGGAAGGUCACACUCCUUGUGUUGGGGCUGGACAACGCUGGGAAAACCUCCGUCAUCAUGGACCUAGACAGAGCGCUGCCCAGCGAGGUGCUGCCCACGGCACAGCCCGGCCAGACCCGCCUGAGGGUGGAGCGCUUCGAGGUGACCCUGCUGGACCUGCCCGGGGCCCCGCGCUCCCGCAGCGCCUGGCGCAGUCACUACAGCGCAGCCCAUGGGCUCCUCUUCGUGCUGGACUCCAGCGACCUGGCACGGAUGGAGGAGGCUCGCAGGGUCCUGAGCCGCGUCCUGAGCCACCCUGAUGUCUCCGGGAAGCCCCUCUUAUUGCUGGCCAACAAGCAAGACACAGCGUCUGCCCUGCUGCCCUGCGAGCUGAUCGAGCGCCUGUCCCUGGAGCGGCUGGUCAACGAGAACCGCUCUCCCUGCCGCAUCGAGCCCUGUGCCGCCAAGCGGGGCCCCUCCUCCGGCCCGCCCCGCACCACGCUGCAGGGGCUGCGCUGGCUCCUCCGCACCAUCCCCGCCGCCCCAGCCCCACCGCCCGCCGCCGCUCCGUUGCCCGACCCCGGCCCCAGGGCAGCUCGCAGCCGCCAGCCCGCCCGCAGGUUGGUACGGGGGUCCUGGGGUGCCCGUCCCUGUUUCCCGUUGUCCCCAUCCCCAUCCUUCUCUGUGUUCUCGCCCCAGCAGGGACCCACCGCUCCCCGCGGAGGAUGCCCGAGAGGGCACGGGGAUAACGGGAGAGUACCGGCCGCCGCGGCCCGUGCCUCGCCUCCUGCCCCUGGAGGACAGCGCUAAGGGCGCCGGGAGGAAGAAGAGGAAGGUGAAGGUGAGGAAGAAGGGCCUGGGGCAGCCAAGCCCAGCCGAGGAGCCGGAGGGACCAGGAGGAGGGGGUGACAGCCGAGCGGGGGCUGCCGGGGGGCUGCUGCCCCCCAACAGGGUUGGGCAGGAGGAGCUGGUUCCCACUGUGAUGGCCACCCCGCACCCAGGUGAGAGGGGCUGCGGUGCUGCACUGCACAUAGGGACCCCAGAGCCACCCCACAGGGUGUUCUGGGGACAACACCGCAGUGUGCUGCGCCACCGGUCCCUGCCACCUCCAUCAGCUUUGGUUGCAGAUCAGCUGAGCACAGAGCAGGGUCGCAAAGAUCCAGCUGGGAAGAAGAGAGACAUCCCAGAGCAUCUCUGCAGGGGCUGAUGUGUGGAGGUGAUGGAGGACUGCACCAGCAGCAGUCCUCUCAGCUGAUUUGGUGACAAUCGCAUCCCUGCUCUGGUGUAGCUCCUGACAUUGUGCAUUUCUUCAUCCAGUGCAGGCCAUGAAGAAGAAAAAGAAGAAGAAAAUCAAGAAUAAAAUCAAGUCGCAGGAUCCUGCCGUGGAGCAGCAGCAUGAGGAGGUCUCAAGCACCUUCGAUCUGUACCACCGGGCGAUGCUGGCUCUGAAGAUGAGGCAGGAGCAGAGGAAGCAGCCGUCUGCCAUUGCCCCCUGAGCGGGGACAGCACAUCCCAAGGGACGUGUGGCUCCAAGGAACCCCACACUGCAGUGGGACUCACGCUCAGGCAGGGCUUGUGGGGUGCUUGGCCAGGGCUGACAGUCCUGGGGCAUGAACAACAUCAUUGUCCUCUGCAUGGCUGGAAAACCAGGGAUCGCAGGAGCGAGCCAAAGCCCCUUUGUAAGAUGUCUCUCUGGCAGCAGGGCUGCAGUCCUGAAUGAAAGGGGAACAGCGGCUACUUCCCAACCCUGUGUUAGUAUUCUGUGGAAGGCUCGAUCUGAACCCAGCUCAGUCUGUGGGAAAGAGGAAGAUCGGAGCAGGCAUCCCAGGGGAAAAGCCUGUUUUGAGCUGACCUGUGCCCAGGCAAAGCUGUCUGUGCAGGUCAGGGGUUCGCUCAGCCCCUCAUUCAGUCCCUGGUUGCAGCUGGACAAGUCUCCUUUCCUGCUGGUGAAGGUGGUCAUGGAGGGUCUGCAGAAGAGCUUCAUCCACCCCCACUGGCAUCA